UCUCUACCGGGAGAGGAAAGCUCUUUUUCGGUCAGAUGGCGUGCUGCAGUCCGCCCCCAGGUUUCUCUCACCCACACAACCAGCAAAAAGGCAGCCAGCAACCAAUACGGUUCGUCAGGGGAGGAUAUCUGCUAACGAAUCCAGACGAGUUACGAUAUGCUUAGGGAUUGAGUUGAUGACAACACCACUCCGAAGUGAGAAAGAAAACGACUGUACAGGGAAAGAGAGCGAUUAUACAAAUCAAUUUAAGCAUUCAAUAAUCGAGCCUAUUACGAGGCGGCACAUAUUGCGCGAAAACUGGAUUCUGUUGCUGGAGACACCACUCCGUCACUCAGUGAGCGCGGGUCCCCUCUGCCAAUCCAGCCGUCGGACGACGUGGACGAGUCCUGCGCCAUGUCUCUGCCACGCACGUUGGGCGAGCUGCAGCUGUACCGGGUGCUGCAGAGGGCCAACCUGCUGGCCUACUACGACACCUUCAUCCAGCAGGGUGGCGACGACGUGCAGCAGCUCUGUGAGGCUGCAGAGGACGAGUUCUUGGAAAUCAUGGCGCUGGUCGGCAUGGCGACCAAGCCACUGCACGUGCGCCGUCUGCAGAAGGCCCUCCGCGACUGGGCGGCCAACCCAGCCAUCUUCAACCAGCCCCUGGCCAACGUGUCCCUGGGGGGAAUCCCUCUGUUCAAGGUUGAUGGGACGGGUGCUAGCGGGACCACUGCCGGAGGACUCAGGAAGUCCCUGAGCAACGGGCAGCCGGGGUCACCGUGUGACAGAGAGGACAGGGCAUGCCUCACUCCUAUGCACAGCGGGAGCCCCAGAAGCCCCUGCUCCCAGGCCUCACCGCAGCCCCAGGACACCCACUACAGGGACAAGCUGUCCCCAAUGGACCCCCACUGGCUCAGCCCUGAACAGGACGGGAACAGCGCCUCAGCCUCAGGGGUGGACGAGGAGCAGCCAAGCCCACCUCUGCUCCCCCCUCGUCCCCCAGGUCCCUCCACGCCCCCGGCCUCCUCCUCAUCCCUCUCCCCGGGAGCCCUCUCAGCCUGGCCCGGGGGCCAGCUGGAUGGGGAGACGGCGCAGGCAGUGGGGGAGAGCGUGGAUAGGCUCCUGAGGACCCUACCCAGGUCGGACCCCAGAGAGGUGAAGACACUGCUGAGGAUGAACAAGAAGAUGGCCAAGACGGUGGGCCACAUCUUCAAGAUGGCACCCCAGGAUGUAGCCAAGGAGGAGGAGAUCCGUAAGUACAGCCUCAUCUACGGCCGCUUCGACUCCAAGAGGAGGGAGGGCAAGCAGCUCACACAUCACGAGCUGAUCAUCAAUGAAGCGGCUGCACAGUUCUGUAUGCGUGACAAUGCUCUGCUUCUGCGACGGGUAGAGCUCUUCUCAUUGGCUAGACAAGUGGCGAGAGAAUGCGCCUACACAUCCACACUCAAGCAUGCCAGAUCAAGUGCAGAUGACUGCAGCUUACCAUCCCAAAAGAGAGUAAAAAAUGAGGUGAUAGUGUCAGAGUGUGUGUCCUCCCUCCAUGGUGUUGAGGGGUCAGAGGGCGUGUCCCAGAGGGCUGACGAGGACAGCCUAUCAGGAGAGAGUCUGGACAGCCUAACACAAGACGUAGGCUCACAGUGCAACCAAUCUCCAUCCCCCCGCCCCCCCACCGACACCUCCAUACCUGCCAACUGGAAUCGCCAUCUCAUGCAACAAACGCUCAUGGAUGAGGGGCUGCGAUUGGCUAGGAUGGUGUCACAUGACCGUGCUGGCAAGGUCAGCCUUAGGUCAGAGGGGACACAUACCACAGACUUUGAGGCUAAGGCGGAGAGGAGGAGCACAGCAGCUGUGUGCAGGAGCAGCAGCCCUGGCAGCACCAAAGAUGACUCGGACCAAGGGGGAAAGUAGUAAAACCAACCACUCAUCAUCCUGAGAACCCAUCAACAACCCUGCCUCUCAUCACCUUCAAUCCCGGAGGGCCAAACUCAGCAGGCUUUCCAUCUGUACUUAAACCACUAACAGUAGUAGUACAGGGAAGGGGACGUGGAAUAAAUAAUUCCAAUCUAAAUCAAAUGUGCAUCCUAAAUGGCACCCUAUAUAAUGCCCUACUUUGAUCAGAACCCUGGUCAAAAGCUGUGCAUGAUAUAGGGAAUAGGGUGCCAUUUGGGACAGAACCCAUGAUUGGCUGAAUCAGGUGGCUGAGGCAACACAUCCUAAACCUGCAAAUACUAUGGCCCUCCAGUACUGAAAUUGAGAGACAGGUGCUCUACAACUUUACCUCUGUAUAUAGUGUGCCCAACCCCUCCAAACAGCCCUCCGAGGGCAUUAGCCACAUCUCCACAGGACUACUGUAACACUUACACAACUGUGGGAGGUUUGUCACAUAAUGUGACAAUGUCUGUUUGUCCCCUAUGAACAUAAUCCCAAUAAUCCCCUCCUCCCCGGGACAAUGGAUGCAAAAUGUUGAUAUCAUGACUAACUUUUGGUGCUAUUUUUGUUCUGUUGAUACAAGGUUGUAACUGAGAAAGGACUUGUGAUGAGGAUAAGUAUCUGUAAUGACACUGCCGUUAAAGCUUGGUUUGCAAAGUGUCACUCGUUCGAGUGUUGACUGUUUGAUAGUUAGGUGAUAAACAGAAAUAUAUGUGUACAGAGACGAUAAUCAGGUUGAGGCCUUUUCCUCCCAAUACUGCAGCAAGUGUCACUGACACCUACUGAGAUUAUGUUCAUUUGGAGAGGUGGGUUUGGAUGUUAAUAUUAUUGAGCCCUUAGAUUAGAUUUAUUGGUGAACUCAACAUUCUUUGAUUUAACUUAAGGCUUAAACAAGGAACAAUAAUUUACAAGCAACAAUCAUUUGCAUAACUCUUGCUUGAGGCAAUUACUUAGGUAACAAUGACGAAUGAUCAUCUCCCAAUGUUUUAUUUUUUUAUACAGUAUGUAUGUCAUAUUAAACACUAAAUUCUUUGAC